CUUAAAUUUGUGUAAGAUUUUGGUUCUAAAACGUAAAGAAAAAUGCAGAACUAAAGUGAACUAAAACAGAUGGGUGUAAACGGGAACGUACAGCAAAAGUAAGUGUGUGUGGAUGCGAUCUCCGAUCUGGUGCUGGUCGCCCCGUCGUCCCUGGCAGUGAGUGUGUCUCUGAGGAGGGAACAUCAUCAUGGAGAGAUAUGACCGAGUCAAAAUUCUCCUCAAAAAGUGGGAGAAAUCCUUUACUGAGGAGAACCAAAGGAAGCCAAACAAGGAUGAUAUAGAGAGGGCUCCAGAGGAGGUGAAAAAGCUCUACGGAGAGUACAGGGCUCUGAAGGAGGAGGCGAGCGCAGACACCAGCAGAGAGCCUGAGGAGACCCUCGAGCGCCAGGCCCCAUCCAAGAAUUUUGACACCUGGGGCACCCAUCUGAACCGCAAGAACAUGCCGGCGCCUUCUCCUAAACUGACGCCUAAAGACAGAGAGUCACUCCACGCCUCUGUCCAGUACUUUGGGAUGAAGCUUAAAGCAAAUUUAGGUGCUCUGUUAAAGGACAAACCUGUUUCCCUGAAAAAGUCUUUUACUCCGGGGAGGGCGCCCAUGAAGUCGUGGAAAGAGGGUCCGCACCAAAGCGUUGCAGCAGACACUGAACCUGCUUUGCCCAGGCCGGCUGACACUUGUCCAAGGCCCUGCGUCACUCCUGCUGAGGCCUCCUGUGCCGAGGAGAGCGACGAGCUGUUUGAUAUGCUACCAGCUUUCACGCUUUCCAAGAGGCACCCUCCCACGUCAGGCACACCAGACGCCCUGGCGGAGAGAGCGGUCCGUCUGAGGUGCUCGGUCACUGAGCGGCUUUCGUCUGUGGACGGCGGCUGGCUGAAGCGAUGUCAGGUAUUUGACGAAGUGGAGAAUGGAGAGGAGCCAGCUACAGGCAAUUUGUCUUCUCCAUUGGGGAAAACUGCGGUGCUCCCUGGCGGCACUAGCGGAAACACGGGAGCCGCCAGCUCCCUUGUUACCCCAUCUGCCCAGGAUGACGCAACUCCCCUAAGGGAAACUGUGGCCAAGACUGCUCAAAAGCCACCGCCACUGCCUUUGCCUCCAGGGGACAAGUUGCAGAUGAGUCGCGUAACGUCUCCGGCAGAAACAGCUUGUUCUCGAGCCAGUGGAUGUGGUUCCCCGUUAAAGGCCACGACCAGGGAAACGGUGGAUGAGGAAACCAGACAGGGCCCAAAAGGAGGAGCCCUUGGGGACAGCAAGGUGACCCCUCCUGUCAGGUCUGCUAAAAAAUCUCGUUCAAAAUCCAGCAAGUGUGAGGAAGGAGGGGGCAAGUCACUGGCCUCCUGCCAGAGUGAAGGUCAUAGUGGUGGGACAGAGGGUAAAGAGGCAAAGAGAAGGAGUAGAAAGAGGCUGAGGGAAUCUGAUGCCAAAGGAGAACAGUUUGAGGAGGGGGGUGAGGAGUUGGAGAAGACUUCUACCAAAAAGAAAAGGAGGGUCAGAAAUGGGUCUGUGGAGUGUUCAAGAGCACCUCAAUCUAAGAGGAAAAAAGUGAAGGCCACCGAGGAUGACGGCACUGACCUGGAGGACCCUAACAGUCUGGAAAAGAUAAAGAAACAGAAGAUGCCACAGGAAAACCUUCUAGGGGAAGUGGACGAGGAGGAAGUCCAUUCAGUUUCCACAAGGCCAAAGAAUCCAGUGAAACUGAGGGGAAUGAAAAACAUUGAUGGAAACUUUGUGAAAAUCAACUUGAAGAAGAAGUCCCAUGUGAAAGGAUUUGCCUUACGAGGUGCCGCCCUUCGAAAGCAGAUGUACGUGCAGAAGUUCAUGCUGAAGGGGGAGCGGUUUGGAGGCGGACUGGGAAGGGGCCGGGGGAGGUUUGGAAGCCUCGCACGGCAGAAUGACAGCUGUUUCAAGUGUGGAGGCAUCGGACACUGGGCACAGGACUGCUAUGGGAAAGCUCCUACUCCUCAGGUUGACGACAGUGCUGUGGAGGAGGAGCCAUUUGAGCUCCCCACUCUGGAGGAGGUGGCACGGGCCACAGGCACGCUGCGCUGCGAACAGCCUGAUGUCCCCACCUGUAAUGGGGAGGGCAAAGAGAUAGAGAAUGACAGUGGGGAGAUUCUCCUGAAUGUCAUCCGGCCCAACUAUGAGAAACCCACCCCGCCCCCACCCAUGAAGCCUCUCUAUGACCUGGCAGAGGAUGGCAAAGUGAAAGCUGCUACUCCUGAGGUUUAUGAAGCUCUCGCAGACUUUGGCUACAAGGCCUUCCGACCUGGACAGGAAGUGGCCAUCAUGAGAAUUCUCUCGGGUCUCUCCACACUGGUAGUUCUUUCGACUGGAAUGGGGAAGUCUCUCUGCUACCAGCUUCCGGCAUAUUUGUAUGCAAAGCAGUCAAAGAGCAUUGCACUGGUGGUGUCCCCACUGGUGUCACUGAUGGAUGAUCAGCUUUCUGGACUCCCUCCUAAGUUUAAAGCUGCCUGCAUCCAUUCGAACCUGACUAAGAAACAAAGGGAGGCUGCAAUUGAAAGGGUGAAGGCUGGCCAGGUGCAUGUCUUGCUGCUGUCCCCAGAGGCCUUGGUGGGAGGUGGGCGUGCUGGGUCUGGCUGCCUGCCCCCAGCUGACCAGCUCCCCCCAGUGGCCUUUGCUUGCAUCGACGAGGCCCACUGCGUGUCCGAGUGGUCCCACAAUUUCCGACCGUGCUACCUGAGACUGUGCAAGGUCUUGAGGGAUCGACUUGGCGUGCGCUGUCUGCUGGGACUGACAGCCACCGCCACUCUGUCGACGGCACUGGACAUUGCCCGCCAUCUGGAAAUUGGUGACAAAGAAGGCAUUGCUGUGCGCAGUGCCGCCAUACCCAGCAACCUGCAGCUAUCUGUCUCCAUGGACAGGGAUAAGAACCAGGCCCUUGUGUCAUUGCUGAAGGGGGAGCGCUUUGGCUCUCUUGAGUCCGUCAUCGUGUACUGCACCCGACGGGAGGAGACUGUCCGCAUUGCUGCACUACUCAGGACCUGCUUGCAGGGAGUGAUGCUGAGGGAGUCGUCGCGAGCACUCCACGAGGAGUCAGAACAAAAUCCAGUGGGGAAGAGGAAGAAGGCACUGGCCAUGAGGAAAAUCCGGAAGCCUCUGAAGUGGAUUGCUGAGUCAUACCAUGCGGGAAUGUCGGCCUCAGAGCGACGCCGUGUGCAGAACAACUUUAUGUGUGGUGAGCUACGGGUGGUGGUGGCCACGGUGGCCUUUGGCAUGGGUCUGGACAAGUCAGACGUCCGUGGCAUCAUCCACUACAACAUGCCCAAAAGCUUUGAGAGCUAUGUGCAAGAGAUUGGCCGGGCGGGGCGAGACAGUGAGCCAGCACACUGCCACCUCUUCCUGGACCCAGAGGGUGGAGACCUGCAUGAGCUUCGCAGGCAUAUCUAUGCUGACACAGUUGAUUAUGUCACAGUCAAAAAGCUGGUCCAGAAGGUGUUUCUCCCCUGCAGAUGUAGACAAAUCCACCAAAAACAGUGUGAACUGGUGAAGGCCAUGGAGGUGGAUGAUACAGAGCUGCUGGAAUUGAUGGAGACCUCGGACAUGCAGCUUGAGCAAAGGCCGCAGGAGGAGGUCUCAGUUGAAAAGGUGAAUGUGGAGGAGGAGGGCCAUUCAGAUGAUCACCAGGUACAUGGGCAUUAUGGGAAGUUUGAAGGUCAAGCACCAGAGGUGAAACGAGUCGAAACAACAGGUCAACUACAAAAUGGUGAGCUCGAAGAGGUCACUGGUCAAGAUCAGGAGGACUGGAAGCAGGAGGAGGCCCAGCAGACAGGGAGCACACCAGCGUCCCGGGUGUGCCAUACCCAUGAGAGGGCCAUACCUAUCCAGGAAACUGUGGAGGCCUUGGACAUCACUGAGGAAGGCCUGGAGACUCUGUUGUGUUACCUGGAGCUGCAUCCUCAGAAGUGGGUGGAACUGAUGCACCCCACCCAAUCAGCUUGCCGUCUAGUGUGCUACGGUGGUCCACAGCAGCUCCGAAAGCUAACUAAAAUCUGCCCCCCAGUGGCUGUCGUGUUGGCACGGAAACGGAUGGCUGGAGAGAGGGUGGAGGUAUGCGACUCUCUGGAGUUUGAUGUGGUGGAACUGGCGGACACCAUGGGUUGGGAGCUACCGCUGGUGAAGAGGGGUCUGAGGCAGCUCCAGUGGAGCACAGAGAGAGGGCCUUUUGGUGGCACAGGAAGGAGUGGUGUCCUGGUAGAGUUCUCCAACCUUUCCCUCUACUUCCGAUCCUAUGGCGACCUGACGGCUGACGAGAUGGACGACGUGUGUGAGUUUCUGCACCAGCGAGUUAUAGCUCAGGAGAAGACCCAGCUGUGUCAGCUCAAAGCGUGCUUCAAGGCAUUUCGCAGUGUGGCAUAUCAAAAUUGCAGUUUCUGCACCGACGAACGGGACGAAGACAGGAGCCUCAAACUGAAGGCCCUGCUGAAGGACUAUUUUGAUAAGAAAAUGGACUUUGAUUUAAGCAAAAACCUGCAGAAGGACAGAGAGGCUGAGGAUGCUGAGGAAUAUGAGGAGCUGAAUGUUGUUAAGAUGAAAGACUGGGAAGACCAGAUUCGGGCUGAUAUUCGAAGUUUCUUGUCCAGCCGCAGUGAUGAGAAGUUCUCCGGCAGAGCUGUGGCAAGGAUUUUUCAUGGCAUUGGGAGCCCCUGUUAUCCAGCUCAGGUGUUUGGCCGGGACCGCAGGUUCUGGAGGAGGUACAUUCAGUUUGAUUUCAAUGAAAUCAUCCGCCUUGCUACACAGGAAAUCAUACGGACCAAAUGA